AUGGCAUCAGUGAAAUUGAGUCCACUUAGAGCUGUUCUACAAACAGAUAUUUCAGAGGCUAAAGCUUCCACAGUCAGAUACUAUAAAAGGAAAGCAGUGGAAUCGGUUGAUUCAUUGUUGAAUUUUAUAGCUCCAUCUCAAGGACAAGUUUUGAAGGAAGAAAUUUUCAAGGCCAGCAAUAUUGAAUCAGCAGACGAGGAAGAAAUCAUCAUAGCUGACCUUUCAAAGUUGUACACAGAGACAGUAGACAACUCAUUGAAAUCACAAAUUCUCUCUGUUCUAUCAAAAAGAUUAACUAAGGCUGAACUUGUAGAUACAAUACCUGGAAUCACCAUGUACAGAAUUGACCAGGCUCGUCAACAGUAUAAUGCUAACUCAGUUAAAGGUCUCCAUGUUAAGGAAAAGGUGAAAGUGCCCCGCAGAAGGAUGGAUGAUGGUAAACUCCAGCAUGCUCUCAGUUUUUUCUUUGAUCCAUCCUUUAUGCAGCUGGUGUCAUAUGGAACAAGGGAUCUGAAGUUAGACUCUGGAGAAUCUAUAACCAUUCCAGAAGUUGUCAGAACGGCUAAUCAUUCAAAAAUGAUAGAACUUUACAUGUCUUAUUGCAAAGAAACAGAUUUCCAACCUCUUGUGAAAGCAACACUUUUCAAAAUCCUGAACGUUUGUUCAGCUACUAAAAGGACGAACUUACAUGGGCUGGACAAUAUUGCAGCUGAAGGAGUUGAAGGCUUUGAUACUCUUAAACAAAUAACAAGUCAGCUACUUCAGAAAAAUCAUCUAACUACAGAAGAACAUGAACAAUUGCAAAAAACUAUGACAUCAGCAAAACUCUAUCUAAAAACUGAUUACAAAUUGCAUCUGGAAAGAGAAUCACAUUGUGCUGAUCACUGUCUUCAGUGGCUUCUGAGUGAUCCAAUGAAUGCCAGUUUCCAAAACCCCUGCAAUCAUAUCCAUUCUUUGAAAUGUGACAGGUGCCAACUCCUCCAAAUUAUUAAAAGUAAUUUGUCUAAAGGUAUUAACCAGAUUGAAGAUGACGAUGUAAAAGAAGAAACACAAAAAUCUUUUGAUGACACAAUGCAGAAGAUAUAUGAUUGGAAAUCUCAUAUUAUCAGAAAUGUAAAUCAGGAGGAGUUUAGAACGAAUAAAUUAGAAAAUCUAAAGAGAUUUGAAGGAAUUAUUAUUAUGGAUUGGGCAAUGAAAUUCUUACCCAUGAGAUACCGGGAGAAACAGACUGAUUGGUUCGGGCAGAGGGGAAAGCAUUGGCACGUCAGUGUUUGUAUAUACAGAGAUGAAAAUGGAGAAAUUGGACAUAGAACUUUUACACAUGUCAUAGAGAAUGUGAAACAAGACUGGUAUGCAGUUGCAUCACUAUUGGAAAACAUCCUUCAAACCAUGAAAAUUCAAAUUCCACAUGUAACUGAUGUAUAUUUGCGUUCAGAUAAUGCGGGUUGCUACCACUGUGGUCAUCUCUGGAUUGCAAUUCCUCAGAUUAGUCAAAGAACUGGCCUCCAUAUUAAACAAUAUUCAUACUCUGAAGCCCAAGCAGGAAAGUCAUAUUGUGACUCAAAGAUCGCACAUAUGCGAACCAAAAUGCGAUCCUAUGUGGCUAACGGCAAUGAUAUUUUAAGUGCAGCAGACAUGAAAACAGCAAUAGAUCAUGGAGCAGGAGUUGCUGGGUGUCAAGUGGCACAUGUUUCAAUAGAUGCCAGUAAACAUGUGAUUAAGACACAUUCCUUAAAAAAUGUCAGCACCUACAAUGAUGUUAAAUUUACAGAUUCAAACGUUGAAUUUCGAAAGGCCUACCAAGUAGGGAAAGGACUGCUGCUUUCUUAUGACGAUCUGGCAAAAGCAGCAGCUACAGUUCAGACAGAGACUGGAUGUGUUAUUCAAGCUGACUUUGUCAUACCUGUUAAAGUUAGAGGUUGUAUUUCCCUAUCAAAAGCCAAAAAAAGUUUACAACCUGAAACUAUCCCAGGAGAUACACUUUUCUCUGAAGAGUCUUUUACUGAACAUACUGCUGAAAUUGAUUCUUCAUUAUUUAACUGUCCAGAACCAGGAUGCAUUAAAGUAUGUAGUUCCUAUAAGUCCUUAGAAAGUCAUGUAUUAGUUGGUAUUCAUGAAUUCAAACUGGAAAGAGAAUCUGUAUAUGACAGUAUCAGGAAACAGUGGGCAGAAUUGUGCAACAAUGUUGUUAUUACAAAGAAGAAUGUGGUUGACAUUGCUUGUACUUCAGAAACUGUAGAAACUCUUUCAAUGGGUUGGGCUUUGAAAAGAGUCAGGAAAGUAAAAAGGUUUCCAACUAAGAUAAGAAAUUUUUUAACAGAAAAAUUCCUGGAAGGUGAGAAAAGUGGGAAAAAAUGUAAUCCAAAUGAAGUGGCAACUGAAAUGAAAGCUUUGAGGGACACAGACAGCAGGAGAGUUUUUCAGAUUAAUGAAUGUCUUAACAGCAACCAGAUUGCUUCAUAUUUUUCCCGUUUAGGGUCUACAAGUUCUAAAAAAAACAAAGAGAUUGACCUAGAAGAUGAUGAUUUGCUUACCAGUGCUGCCGAACUAGAUCAUAAUGAAUUGCUGAUAUCUGUUAUCACCAGUGAUGUUUAGCUGGACAAAGUGAAUAUGCUUGUAUAGUUUACUGACAGUAUUAGCUGGUGAAAUGUUAAAUACAAUGCCUGCAAAUUUGCAUUAAAUAAUUGGUGCAUCUAUAUAGAUACAUGCUAACAAACAUUCUUUGGAUGCUGCAUCUAUUACUGGUAAAUUAAAAAGAAAAUUCCAGAUUACUGAAUAUGUAUUUAAUAAGAAAAUUCAUUAUGUAUAUGUGCAGAAAUGAUGAAUUAUCUCCCCUGUUUUAUCCAUAUUGAAGAUAAAACUAUUUGAUUGAUUAAUAGAAUUGUUUUUUAAUACUACUCAGACAG